AUGCCGUCGCAGGACGGUGAGCCUCACUUCAAAACGUUUUCUAAAAGCGACAGACCCAGUCCGUUCGAGUCUUCGAUCAGUCCGGAACAAAGAAGCAGAAAACGUCACGAUGGUGGCGAUCCGCAGACCCCGCGACCUCCUGCUCGACGUAGCACUCGGUCUACACAGUCAACUCCCACCUCGACUCCGCAAGUUCGGACACGAACACGGACGCUGACGCCAGUGCCGUCACAGCGAGCGUAUGGGUCGAGGUCGCGGACUCUGUUCAAGUACAAGUUUGAGUUUUGCUUGACUGGGUUCGUGAAGACUGGAGAGGAAACUUUGAAGGAACUGAUCGAAGGCCAUGGAGGUAAAAUCCCAGAGCGGUACCAGGACGUACUGUACAGAAACAACUCCAAGGCGGUGGUGAUUGCGACGCCGGUGUCGUGGAGGAAGCGCAAGUUCAUGCAAGCGGUGGCGUGCGGAAUCCCCGUCGUCCACACGGACUGGAUCAAAGAUUGCAUUGAUGCUGGGUAUGUGGUACCUUUCGACGGGUAUCAAGUGCCAACGGGCUAUUCCGUGACCACUCGGAAGUUCGAGUGCUUCCCUCCUAGAGAGCUACACAUUUUUGAGGGCUAUUCCUUUGGCAUCGUCAGUGACGUUUCUCGAAUUUCCAAGUCUGAGGCGAAGGACAAGUCCAAUUUGAUGGCGUUUAUAUUGAAGACUUGUGGCGCAGACGCGGUAUACGAGAGUGGCGUUAGUGUCGAUGUGGUGCUAUGCGAUGAGUACACGCCGACGUGUCGAUACUAUAAGAGAAAGCGUCGUAUACCCACAAAAGAUUUCCAGUGGGUCACUGAGUGCAUGAUCCUCCAGAAAUUUCUGGAUCCAGAGGAACCAGUCUUUGAACCACAUCGCGUCGGCAGCGAAGAUGUGUUCGCAGCGAGUGCUGAGAUCGGCGAUAGUGACAACACCAGACUGAAGCUGCAUACUGGCGAACUUGUAAUGGCGGACAUUUCCGGUAGCGCAGCUGAUCACUAUCUGCUGUUUAACGUCUGCGAGAUCCUGAGCAUUAAUGUGAGUGGCCGUAAAGACGAAGGCUCGCAGUCGAAGCGGAAGGAUAGCAAGGAAAACCGAGUUAUGCUUCGAGUAGGCAUGCUGAAACGAGAGCCGUACAACCCCGAGCUCUCGAAGACUCCUGUCAAAGUGUUGGACAUUUCGUCGUCGCAAGUGAAGAGAAGAGUCGUGGCGAUCUCGAAGGGAGACUACGGCAAACUCAAGUAUAAAGAUGAGAGCAUCUUUUACUUAGAGGAUGACGGCAAGUCUGACAAAUCUGACAGUCUUGCUGUGUCUGAGCACAGGUGGCUUACCCAAUAA